UCAGUCACAAAAAUAGGUAGACAUGGCAUCUUCCUCAUCAGCUCUUCUGAAAACCCUCCCAUUCUGUUUCGCCAUUCUCGUAGUAUUAUUAUUGACUCCCCUUCAAAUUGCUUCGGCCUGUUACACAUCCAUCUAUGCCUUUGGUGAUUCUCUCUCAGAUGCUGGAAAUUACAUCCACAUUUAUCAACAAAUGUUUCCAGGGACCCAUAAACUUCCCCGCUAUGCCUCACCCCCUUAUGGAGAGACCUACUUUCAUCAUCCCACUGGUCGAACUUCUGACGGUCGAACAAUCAUAGACUUCAUGGCUGAGUAUUAUGGGCUUCCACUCAUACCACCAUAUAUUAGGGGCGUGAACCAAAGUAGCUCAAACUUUGGUGCCGGCAUCAAUUUUGCAGUUGUGGGAGCUCCAGCACUUGAUGUUGGUUUUUAUGAAGAAAGAGGAAUCCAUUUUACUACGUCUAAUAUCUCCAUGAGAACUCAACUGAGCUGGUUCAAAGGAGUACUGCCCUCUCUUUGUAGAUCAUCAAGCUGUAGGGAACUUUUUAAUAGCUCACUGAUUGUUAUGGGACCUUUCGGUGGCAACGACUAUGGCCAUUCCUUCCUUCAAGGAAGAAGUUUGGAGGAGACAAAAACUUUGGUUCCUCUGGUUAUUAAUGCCAUUAGCAUUUCUAUUCAAGUAAGAAUCUGAUAUUUUUUGUGUCUUAGGUUGGUUUUCUUGAAAUGAAUAAAAAAAAAAAAGAGAGAGAAAUUGUUUCUCACCAAAGUGCCAAGUAGCAUUUUCACUUUCACAAUUUUCCAAUUCCAUAUAUUGAAAUGACCCAACUGAAACAAAUUAA